AUGGUGGUUGGCAAGAACAAGCGCCUUACGAAAGGCGGUAAAAAGAGUGCCAAGAAGAAAGUGGUUGAUCCAUUUUCUAAGAAAGAUUGGUAUGAUUGCAAUCGAGUGAAAGCACCUGCUAUGUUCAAUAUAAGAAAUAUUGGAAAGACGUUAGUUACCAGGACCCAAGGAACCAAAAUUGCAUCUGAUGGUCUCAAGGGUCGAGUGUUUUAA